GUGUCAGAUUUGUUUGUAGCAUGUGUAGCUAGUUAGCGGACUGAAAAACGCGUUCACUAUUUUYCUCACUUUCUUUUGCCAAGUUUAAUUUGUAUGAGUGGAAAAACGUUAUGAUGUAAUUUGAUAUAAUAUACGUAAACCUGAUUUUAAUGUUUUUUUAUAGCGAGUGACAAAUAAACAGGUUUUGUUGAGUACUCCKAGGAAUGGACCGCCACAGAUCUCGCAGCCCUCUCACAGGGUACCAUCACCAGUCGGCAUACAGGAGAGAAAGAGACAAUGACAGAAGAAACCACGGUGACAGCACACCCUUUGGAUCCCCUAAUCAGCACCAGUAUCAGUCUCGGUCGACGGCAGCACAAAACCCACUCAGCUCCCAGACUCUGAGCACAAGGAAGGAGCUUUAUGAGAGAGACUUUCCUUUGUACAAACAGCCCGUGGAAAUAGGAUGUUUCUCUCUCGAUUCUCAGCGUAMGUUUUUUAAUGACGACAGGCAGAUGAGAUACUAUGUGGAACCWGACAAAAGUCCUAAUUUUGAUCUCAGGGAUGGGUACAAAGAUCGCUAUGUAAAGAGAGAUGAAAAUGUGAAGGAGAGGCUYGACCAUAUUCUUAAGUGGAUCAUAACCAACAUGUCAAAACUGGAAUCGAAGGGAACUGCAAACUCUUCACGUCCUUUAGAUUUUGACUUUGUGACAUGGCGGGGCCACCUGACCAAGCUGCUGACUACACCAUARGAGACACGGGAGGGCUGGCUGCUGGCAGUAACCAGGUUCAACGGCACAAUUUACAUCAGUGAGGUGGAAACAGAAGCUGCUCGCAGGGACCGAGAGAACCGUCCUGAGAAGAACCAGGAGAUGAUGUACUGGGGAUACAAGUUUGAGCAGUACAUGUGUGCAGAUAACAUCCACAGUUUGCCUGACCCCGGCGGAGUGGUGAACACUAAUGAAGCCUUCUGCACGGUGGUUCACACUCGCCUCACAGAUCACAAACUUCUUUUCUCCGGAGAGGUGGACUGUCGAGAUAAAGACCCCAAUGCUCCACCACCUCCUGCCUGUUACGUGGAGCUGAAGACCUCUUUGGAGAUCUGCACACCCAAACAGCGCAGCAACUUCCACAGGUUCAAACUACUCAAGUGGUGGGCUCAGUCUUUUCUCCCUGGAGUUCCUCGAGUCGUGGCGGGGUUCAGGGAUCAUGGCGGAACAGUCGUUUCUGUUGACACUUUUCCAAUCUCCAAAGUUUCCCAGCUCAUCAAGAAUGAACACAACUGCUGGAAGCCGACAGUGUGCAUGAACUUCUGCUGUGAUUUUCUGUCUUUUGUGAAGCGUGUCGCUACUGAAGACAAUCCCAGUGUGGUYUACCUGUUCUGCUGGGAGCCCCACAGAGAUGUGACCUACUCCGUCCACAGGGACUCGCAGUUUUCCUUCCUGCCCCCCUGGUACACCGAGGCAGUGACCAGUUUUCUAGACUCACACGGUAAACUUUGAUUUUUUUUUUUAAGUCAGAAAACAGUUCAAUGACAAGCUGCACCAAUCAAAUCUCAAUGCUACAUGUGGCAUGUAAUAGUUGUAAAUAAAGUAAUUCUUUGUAAAUAUUCUUUAAUUUUUAUUAUUCCCUUGUUAAAACAAUAAUUUAUUUUUUAAACAUUGUCAACGAAAAAAAAACUGAAACUGUUAAAACAAAUGUGAUGUAAAAAAGUCAAGUAAUUAAAUGAUCAGUAACAAUUUUUUUUUCUUACAAAUAUUUUCAUGUAAACAAAUGAAUUCCAUGUUUAAUUGAAUAAAUACAACAGUAACUAA